AAGAAUGUACGCGUAUGAAAUUUUACCUAUAUUUUAAAAAGAUCAUAAUGGGAUAUAUCAGGCAAUUGGUUUCCUUCUCCUUUUAUUGAGGGCUGAGAUGGAUAUGACCCCUUGUCAUUACGUGCCUUUGGGUGGGUGGAGCCUCCUUUCUUCGCUCAUUUUAAUUGGCUGUCAGCUGGCACAGUGUAGUGAGGGUAUUGCUAAUCAUAUUCCGCGUUUUGCACUAGAAAUGUCAGCCAGAAAGGGCUAUCUUCUCCCUUCGUCAAAUUAUACUACAACAAUGUCAUGCUCCGACAGCCCAGUGGGGAACUCAUUUUUAGUAGACUCCUUGAUAAGCGCCCGGACCGAAAACGGCGGACCCUACUACCAAGGAAGCAACAUCUAUGUGCCUCCAGCCUCGGAUUUACACUAUGGACUACCUAACUGUGGAUUUUUCCCUGGAUUGAACAAACGGAACGAGAGUAAUUCUCAAAAUAUGGUCCCUGCCUCCAGUUCGUAUAUUCCUGGGAUGGAAGUAUGGCUGGACGCAUCAAGGUCCUGUCGAAUAGAUCAGCCUCCCGGCGGACAGCAAAUCGCCCAGUGCUCAUUUUCUCCUAACAUUAAGGAAGAGAACGGGUAUUGCCUUUAUGAAUCGAAUAAGUGUCCAAAAGCGUCACCGGCAGAAGAGCUUUCGUACUCCAGAUUAACGACGGGUAACUGUCCGGUCAGUCACAGCGGCACAGUACCUGUACCUGGCUACUUCCGGCUGUCCCAGACGUAUGCAGCUUCUAAGGCUUAUCACGGCGGCCAGUCCAAUUCUUCCCACUUUGUCCUGCAACCAGCAGUUCGGUUCGACACCCCAGUUUGCAUAUCUAACUCGGCAGAGUCCGGCAAAAGAGGAAGCGAAGAGAUGGCUUCCAGCAGCAUACCAUGCGCUCCGCAGAGAGAGGAGGAAACACAGCAGUCUUCAGUCGAAGAGGCGUCUUCACCCGAACCACCAGUCAACGACAAAGAGGGUCCCAACAAAGUAACAAAAGGAGAGACAAAAAGCGAAAAUACAGCCAACUGGCUAACCGCGAAGAGUGGCCGGAAGAAACGGUGCCCCUAUACAAAACAUCAGACUCUGGAGCUCGAAAAGGAGUUCCUGUUCAAUAUGUACCUGACUCGCGAGCGUCGCCUGGAGAUAAGCCGCAGUGUCCACCUGACUGACAGACAAGUGAAAAUUUGGUUCCAGAAUCGUCGGAUGAAACUGAAGAAAAUGAGCAGAGAAAACAGGAUUCGGGAGCUUACAGCAAAUUUUAGCUUUUCGUGAUCAACACUGCAUUUAAGAGAUGGGUGACGCCUUCCACCUUCCAACAAGUGAAGAACGGGUACAUCCGGUUUUAGAGAGCCCCUCUCUGUUUUCAAAUAUGACUGUGCAAGGCACUAUUGUUAAUUUAAUAUUUUGUUUUGCUACACGGUCAUUUUUUAAGUUUACAUGUCUAUAUCAGUUGAACAUUUUUUCGUGACAAUGUGUAGACUAUUUAUAGAAUGUAAAACAAGAGAAUUUACCCUUGUCCAUAAGGUAGAAUAUAAUGGCGAUAUAUAGAACAGGGAAAUUGAUGUUAUAACCAGUAAAAUAAUGACUUAGAUUUAAACCAUAUCACAAUUUACUCUGAGCAUAGAGUAGGCUACAAAUACCAGUUCAAUAAGCGUUAAUGAUGAAACUAUAAAGUUUGUUUGGAAUCAUUCAGAUCAAAAAGAACACUGAGCAGAAGCUAAAGAUCCGCGCAAUUAUGGGAUUAUUUCUUUUGCCAACACGUAUUUAACUUCUUGGUGCAAAUGUAGCAGGUAUUCCAAUACAUCCGAUUAUGUCAGAUUUUUCUAUACAUUUUAAAUUAUUGCCAGGCGACAUGCGGUGAAUUCUGUCGGUAUUAAAGUCAAUUUAAGUAUUUAUGCUUAUAGGAUAUUUUGAAUUUGAUGGUACAGUUACAUGCAAAUAAAUAUAUUCAGUCAGUACUGUAAAAGGAAUUUU